UCUCUCUCUCUAAAAACCUUUUUUUCAGAAGGGAGCACCCCUCUCUCUCUCUCUCUCUCUCUCUCUUUCUCCCUCCACAUAAAAACCUUCUCUUUCAGGAGGAAUCUCUCGACCUUCUCUUGCAGGAGGAAUCUCUUUCUCUCUCUCUACAAAAAAAACUUUUUCCAGUAGGAAGGAAGCACCUCUCUCUCUCUCUCUCUCGUUUUGUGUGCGUGCGCGCGCCAAACAUACUCAUUUAUUGGGGACACUCCCGAUAUUUCACCACUUUCACCUCGAUGGAAGCUUGCUCCCGAAGCUGGAGCAUUCACACGAACCCAGCUAUCACCCAGCGCUACCAAAUCCUCCAUGGCAUAGGCUCAGGCGCCUAUUCGGAUGUUUACAAAGCAAAACGCCUCUUUGAUGGCUUAAUCGUUGCCCUCAAAGAGAUACAUGACCAGCAAUCUGCCAUUAGAGAGCUUCAAGCUCUGCAAACCCUAAAUGGGGCACCCAACAUUGUUCAACUUAUUGAGUAUUUCUGGUCAGAUCAUGAUGACCCAGUUCUUGUUCUCGAGUUUCUACCCAUGGAUUUAAAUGGGUUGAUCGCAGAGGCCAAGAAGGAAUGGAAUGGAGGAAUUAGGGUUUCAGAGAUGAAGAGAUGGAUGAUUCAGGUCUUGAAGGGGGUUGAAGCAUGCCAUGGUUGCUCUAUUAUGCACAGAGAUUUAAAGCCUUCGAAUUUGUUGGUUUCGGCUGAUGGGGAGGUCAAAUUAGCGGAUUUUGGGCAGGCAAUUAUACUCCAAGAGCCUCCAUAUGCGUCAGAGGAAGUCAAUGUCCCUGACCAAGACCAGCCAUGGAUACCCAAAGAUCCUGACCCCAAUCCUGAAGACGCCAAUUUGAGUCUAAACCAGUCAAAUUUACAACAAGAGCCCAUGACUGCCCGUGAAGAAGAUAUUCCAACAAACCAAGAUCACCUUAAAAAGGAUAUGAAUGGAAAUGACAAAUGUCCCAAAAUGCUUAACGGAAGCACAGAUUCACCCACUUCCUGCAAUUUGAGCUACCCUGCUGAUGAUUUCUCAUGGAACCCCUAUUCCGAAGAUGAUGAAGAAAGGGAAGAUGAUGAGUCUGGCCUCACUUCUUGUGUUGGAACCCGCUGGUAUAGGGCACCCGAGCUUCUGUAUGGUUCAAGGUCUUAUAGUCAGGAAAUUGAUUUGUGGUCUUUGGGUUGUAUAUUUGCUGAGUUAUUCUCUCUAGAACCUCUAUUUGCAGGCAAUUCAGACAUCGACCAACUUAAUAGAAUCUCUAGAGUUCUUGGAAAUCUCAACCAAGAAGCUUGGCCUGGUUGUUUGAGCCUCCCAGAUUAUGGGAAGAUCUUCUUUUCUGAAAACCCAAAUCCAUUAGGCCUAAAAUCUUGCCUUCCGAACUGUUCAAGCAGUGAGAUUCAACUUCUUGAGAGGCUCAUAUGUUACGACCCAAGUAAGAGAGCUCCUACCAUGGAAUUGCUCAAGGAUAAGUACUUUGCAGAGGAGCCUCUGCCUGUUCCUGUGAAUGAGUUGAGGCUUCCAUCUACUGUAAAUGGCCAAGAGAACUCAUCCAUGUACAAUUAUGAUUGGAAGGAUUACGAUUCCGAUUUUGAGGGGUUUGGCGGAGCUGAGGUGUCGACUUCUGAUUCUGGUUUUUGCAUUCGGUUCUCUUGAGGUUGGCCUUGGCAUCUGUAAUUUAAUAUGCAUAUUUGGUACUUGCAAUUAUUUGGUUCUUGUAAUCUUGGAUGAAUUGAUGCAAUGAAGAGUAAAGACUUGAACAGGCUGGAUGAAUUGAUG